AUGGAACCAGGAAAUGAUACACACAUUUCAGAAUUUCUUCUUCUGGGAUUUUCAGAGGAACCAGAAUUACAGCCCCUCAUAUUUGGGCUUUUCCUCUCCAUGUACCUGAUCACUGUGUUUGGAAACCUGCUCAUCAUCUUAGCCGCGACCUCUUCCUCCCACCUCCACACGCCCAUGUACUUCUUCCUCGCCAACCUGUCCUUUGUGGACAUCUGCUUCACCUCCACCACCGUCCUGAAGAUGCUGUGGAACAUCCAGACUCAGAGUAAGUUCAUAACCUACGCAGGCUGCAUCACACAGGUGUAUUUUUUCAUACUCUGUGCAGGAUUAGACAUGUUUCUCCUGACUGUGAUGGCCUAUGACCGCUUCGUGGCCAUCUGCCACCCCUUGCACUACACGAUCAUCAUGAAACCCACCUUCUGUGGGCUGCUGGUUCUUUUAUGCUGGAUGGUGGGCAGCCUGAAUUCCUUAGUACAAACCCUAAUGGUGUUGUGGCUGUCCUUCUGUAGAGAGGCAGAAAUCUCCCACUUUUUCUGUGAAAUCAAUCAAGUGGUCCGACUUGCCUGUUCUGACACCUUUCUUAAUGACACGCUGAUGCAUUUUGCAGCUGGAUUGUUGGGUGGUGCUUCUCUGGCUGGGAUCCUUUACUCUUAUUGUAAGAUAGUUUCUUCCAUACGUGGGAUCUCGUCAGCGCAGGGCAAGUAUAAAGCAUUUUCCACCUGUGCGUCUCACCUCUCGGUUGUCUCCUUAUUUUAUUGUACGGUCCUAGGAGUGUACCUUAGCUCCGCUGCUACCCAGAGCUCCCACUCAAGUGCAACAGCCUCGGUGAUGUACACGGUGGUCACUCCCAUGCUGAACCCCUUCAUCUACAGCCUGAGGAACAAAGACAUGAAGAGAGCUCUGAAAAGAAUUGUCAGGGUGCCAGUGACAUAA